AUGAUGCACCUGCUGGAGCUCAAUGAGAAUAACACUAAAGGAUCCAUGGAGAAAAGACGAAAAUCAGCACAAAGUGAGUCUGCCUGCCGUGGGCUGGUGUGGAAAGUGUGGAGCAGAGGCGGGAGACGUGGCGCAGUGCCGCUUAACGUCGUUACUGCCCCUCCCGUCGCCACGGCAACCGGCCCGCUCACAUCCUCCGCGGCGCUUUUUGUUCAGGCUCUAACGGGCCUGAUUUCCCAGGCCGGAGCCAUGCGACUGAAGGCGGAGAAGCCUCUGUCAGACGUAGGCCGACUCGCUGGACUGGGUCCGGCCCAGGUUGGGGGCCUGGGACAGGUGCGACACGUCCUUCUUGCGCACUUCGCAGAUGGACUUCCUCCGGGCCUGGACGCCCCGCAUGGCCGACUUGAUCUUCCUCCAGCCGAUGUGGUUGAGCUCGGCCAGGUUGAGCAGGACGCAGAUGCCGCUCACCGCGAACAUGAACACCAGGAAGACCGUCUUCUCCGUGGGCCGCGACACGUAGCACUCCACCUCCUUCACGCACGGGUAGCGGUCGCACUCGAACAUCCCCGGCACGUUGAAGCCGUACAGGAAGUACUGGCCGGCCAGGAACCCGAUCUCCAGCGCGUUGCGGAACACCACCUGGAUGACGUAGAAGCGGGAGAUGCCCUCCUGCCGACGCACCUUGGAGCUCUUGUGCGUCUGGGUGAGCCCCCGGGGCCCGUUGGGGAUCUCCUUCACGUCCAUGUCGUGGUCCUCCUUGCUGGACUCCGGGUGCACCAGGAUGCCGUUGAUGUUGCGGGCGUGCAGCUUGCGGGCGUGGUGGUCGUGAUGGCGACCGUGGUGGCCGUGGCCGUGGUGGUCCAUGUGGGAGUGGAGGAGGGAGUAGCUCCGGUCGCGCGCCUUGGCGGACUGGUGCACCGAGUAGGUGAUGAAGCACAGGCUGGGCGUGCACACCAGGAUGAUCUGGAACACCCAGUAGCGGAUGUGCGAGAUGGGGAAGGCCUUGUCGUAGCAGGCCUGGUUGCAGCCGGGCUGCAUGGUGUUGCAGAUGAACAUGAUCUGCUCGUCCUCGUACACCUUCUCGCCGACUAUUCCCACUAUCAGAAUACGGAAAAUCACCACCACUGUCAGCAGGAUCCUGCAGAGAGACAAACGGAGAGAGGACAGGUCGGAGAAAGAGAAAGAAUCAGUUACCAAUGA